CCACGCUGCGGCGCCUGCUCAGUGCGUCCCCGCCGCUGCUGCUCGGAUCCUGGACGAGGGGCUUCUCUGUCUUUACGUCUUCUACACUCUGUAUGUGUGUGUGAGACAGAGCGUGAGUGUGUAUGUGCUGUCUGAUGAUAUCCUAUGGAUUGACGGAGGGAGGCUAUUGUUGUCAGCCCGGUGGUUUAUUCUGCUGGAGCUGCACUUUCACCGGAGAAUGCCCAGAGGAACCGGAGCUGUGUUACUGCACGGAUAGCGCAGAAAUCCACCCGAGAAACACGAUAUUGACAUGAAGAAAGACAUUGAGACUCUAAUAGCAGAGGAACGUGCUGAUAUCAUCUUGAAAUAUGCUACGGGCAGGCAGGGUGGGGUGGAGAUUGACCCGUGGGAAGAUGCUGACUACAGUAUCUACAAAGUCAUCGACCGCUUCGGCUUCAUGCACGAAGACGAGCUGCCAGCCCCGACUGCACAUGAAGAAAAGAGGAAGCAGCUUGAGAUAGAGAGGGCAGAGAAGUGGCUGAAGAUGGUGAAGAAGUGGGACAAAUACAAAAACAGCGACAGGAUGGUGAAACGGGUGUACAAGGGCAUCCCCCUGCAGCUCAGAGGCCGGGCCUGGGCUCUGAUGCUGGAUGUGGAGAGAGCGAAAACGGAGAAUGAAGGCAAAUAUGAGACAAUGAAGGAGCAGGCCAGACUGUACUCAUCUGAGAUCAAACAGAUCGACCUGGACAUCAACAGGACCUUUCGAAACCAUAUCAUGUUCAUGGAUCGCUUUGGAGUCAAGCAGCAGUCUCUUUUCCAUGUUCUUUCUGCAUACUCGGUCUACAACACAGAGGUGAGCUACUGCCAAGGGAUGAGUCAGAUCGCUGCCCUGCUGCUGAUGUACAUGAACGAGGAAGACGCCUUCUGGGCGCUGUCACAGCUGCUGACCAAUCAGAAACAUGCUAUGCAUGGAUUUUUUGUUCCCGGAUUUCCCAAACUUCAGCGAUUCCAGGCACAUCAUGAUCAGAUUAUUUCCAAACUCAUCCCCAAGCUAAAGAAACAUCUGGACAGAGAGCAGAUGUCUGCAGGGAUUUACAGCACGAAAUGGUUCCUGCAGUGUUUCAUUGACAGGACGCCGUUCACACUGACUCUUCGACUGUGGGACAUUUUCAUUCUGGAGGGAGAGCGACUGCUCACCGCUAUGUCCUACACCAUCCUGAAGAUACACAAGAAGCGGCUAUUGAAGAUGUCUCUGGAGGAACUCAGAGAGUUCCUGCAGGAGCGAAUCGCUCAGACUUUCUUCUACAGCGACGACGUGAUCAUCGAGCAGCUUCAGGCCUCCAUAACUGAACUGCGAAAGAUGAAGCUGGACCUUCCUCCUCCAGGGAAGCCUGACGAGUUGCCUCGUAAGCAGCUGGGUCAGGAGCUGCCGGUGCUGUUGAGUCCAGUCCAGCCCUCCAGAGGGAAGCAGUCCUCAGCCAGCGGGUUCCCCAGAGCAGGUCUCAGCCUCCACAUCAUCUCCCACCAACCUGACUCCAUAUCCCCAGACCAGAGCCCCUCCAAGGACCCCAAGGAUCUCGAUGUCGUGGACGAGGAGGAGGCCCCGCUGCCUUCCCCAGAUCCCAUCAUCAUCCACAGCCAGGCCCCGCUCACUCCCGAUGGCUCCCCGCUGACGGGGCCUCCGCCUUACCAGCCCCCAGGGAGUGAGGCAGUGGUCAUGGAGGCUCACCCCUCACCACCAGAUCAGGGAAGGGAUGAAAUGCAACCGCAGAUUGCAGAUGCACUUUCCCUAGCCUCCACAGACGACUCAUCUGUGGUCACUCGCUCAGCUGGCAACACCGACCAAUCCUCCUGCAAGGUCCCACGGACACUUUCAGCUCCUGUAGCCCAGGUGGCUUUGCCGGCUUCUGGACUGUCUCAGUCAGAGAGUUUGUCUGCAGCAGAGAGAGCUGAGGAGAGUUACCUGGCCCAGCUGCUGGAGCAGGCCUCAGCUCUGCCCACCAACAGGAACCUGAACGAGGACUUGAGUGAAGCAUCAGAGGAAACACAGCAGGCUCUGGACAUUUAAUGAAAUGAGCACCAGUUUAUUGAUUAUAUGCCCUCUGCAUUUCCUGGAUUGUGUGUCAGUGGCAUGGAUUGGCUCUGCCUUUUUGUGUUUGGUACAUUAAAUGUUCUGUAUGGGUCAAGCUCAGGCAGUUCAAACAGUUUGGUGGAUGAGGAUACUGUUAAUGUUUUGGUGAAGAACUACAGAAGUAGGAUUUAUCAGUCAGUGUAAAUGUCAAGCAAUAAGUGCUUAAAAUAUGUUAUCAAUUUAAGGAGCAGUAUGAGUUUUGGUAAUCUAAUUUGUCGAUUUUUAAGAGACAGAGAUCUUUUGAGAAGACCAUGAACUUCUUUCCUGAGUUUGUAAAAUUAAUUCAAACUCAGCAGAGCACUUUGUAAUGACUGAAAUGCAGUCUGAAGCUCUUGCACUGCUUGCACUAUGGAAGGAGCAUGCGGGUAUAUGACAGUGUCAUCCACAUAUACGUGCAUUUUUGCUUGAAUGUCUUUACACAAAUCAUUUAUAAAAAUAGAAAACAAAAUAGGCCCCAAGAUGCAACCCUGGGGGACACCUGUAGUUAUCUCAAGAAAUAUGCAUAUGUGUACUGGGCUCUACCUAACACUGGCAGCCACUCACAUAUAAAAAUGAUUCAUGAAAUUUGUCACGUGGGGUCUGUCCAAUCACAUUGGUUUAUAAUGCCUAUAAUAGUGCUGUAUCUCAUCUAUAUUUUGCAGUAUUGUGCAGGUAGCAAUAAUGUUGCAACCCCACACUGAAUCCUGGAGGGACAGCAUGUGUUCUUUGCAUCCAGCAUAAGUUCAGUCACAAAAAUGCAAUCACUGCGCAUUCACAAAUAAUUUCUCCUAACAUAGGUUGUCUCUGCCUGAGUGCCAUCUCCCACUGCUGCUGAUAGGUUAAACACCUCUGGAGCUCUCCCCAACAUCAACAGAGAUGGAAGUGAUUUCCUCUUGAAGGGAUAGUUUGGAUUUUUGAGGUGGGGCUGUAUGAGGUACUUAACCAGAGUCUGUGUUUUACAUACAGUAGAUGUCAGUCAGCACACCCCCAGUUUGAAAAGCAGGCUGGAGUCAAACGUAAAAGCUAGGCAAUUUACAGCUGUGAAGGGGUCAGCAACAAAUCUAUUUUAGCCACCUAAAAAAAAAAUCCCACCUAAAAAAUUAUUAUCAGUUUAAGCGUAUGCUAUAUUGACAGUAUUUUCACUACUUGACCUUUCUGUUAGACAGCCCAUUUUCACAAGGAAGCUGCCAACAGCCACCAGACUCAUUUGAGAAAAACAGUAAUUUUAGCUUGCUGGACACAGAAGCUGUCAGUCCACUGCUGCUUCAAACAAUUAGUUAGUUUGUGUUAUUGUGUGACUUUGUUAAAUAUAGACUAACUUUUUAACUAACGCCAAAGUCACACAAUAACACAUACAAACUAACUGAUUGAGGCUACAGUAGAUCAGCAGCUCCUGUGUUCAGCAAUGUUUAGGUACUGUUUUUCUCAACAGAGUCUGGCUUCGAAGAGAGCAAUACAAGGGCUCAAUUUUCCCAGUGAAAUCACUUGUCUGACAUUAAAGUAAAACUGAAAAUACACUCAGUGUUCCAUACACUUAAACUGAAAUUAAUUUUUGUGAUGGGACUUUUUUAGAUGGCUAAAAUACAUUUUGUUGCUGCCCCCCAUCCCCCCAGCCUGCUUCUCCAAAUUAGGGGCGUGGUGACUGACAUCUACUCAAUGUAAUGUAUUGUCUGUGGAUAAGUGUUCCAUACAGACCCUUCCAAAGAUCUGAAAUAUUCCUUAAGAUAAUGUUUCUGCUUCUAGGCACAAAAGUAGGAUCACAUGUGUCACUAGGAAUUUGUGGCAAGUAAGGACUGAUUUUCUACUGUGAGAUGCUCAAUACAUAUGGACCCAGUGUGUCUUCCGUUGCUCUACAGGAGCUUUGUCAAGUCUAAAAAAAAAAACAAAAACCCUGAUGAUGUCAUGCUGAUGUCAUCAUAGUUGUCUCAAAUCGAGUUUAGAGACUACAAAUCUCUAACAGAAGUCUUAGUCACAAACCGGGGAUGUAGAGUUUAACAGAUGUGUGUAGUUUCCAAGCAGGGAGGGGCUAAUAUAAGAUGUUAUUGAGUUGACUUGAUGGGAAAUGUCGGAUCUAGAGGUUCUGGAGCUUGACCCAAACUAGGGAUUAAAGUUUGGCCAUUCUGUUUUUAACCUGUCUUUCACAAACUUGCAGCUUCAUGAAGGUGGAAUACUCUCUAGUGCAGACAAAAUGAAUGUGUUUUAAAUCUCAAAAAUAUUGGUAUUGGAUGAAAGAAAAUAGAAAUUAUCAAAUUACUUUAACAAAAUAGUUUUAACAGUAGCUAAAACUCUGACCUGUGCAGAGCAAAUGUACCUCACAUUGUUACCUUCCACGGCACAACAAUCCCUUCAAGAACACUCCUCUCUUGCUUUUGAUGCACACCACGUUAUUUUUAUUUUGAGAAAUUGUGCUCAUUUCCCAGAUUUUGAGGGACCUGGUUCUCACAGGAGAAGUAGGAUGAUAAGGAGACACAGCUACACUGACUGACUGACACCUCUGAAGUAUUCAAAAUCACAUGCACACUGUUUCCUGUUUGGCUGAAAAAGUCUGAAUUACCUGGAUAGUGACUUUGAUGGAGUUUUACUGCUGCAGAGAGGAGUCUGAAAGCAUACAGAAAUCUCUGAGGCAUCACCCUUUACAAUAAAAGAAACAUUUUUGUAGUUUUGUAACGUUUCGUCAGAGAACAUGUUGCUCAGUCAGCCUUUGUAAAAUGUUUGCUAGCAGAGUUACAGUUUUAUUUUUUGUACCAAUGUCUUGAUGCCUUAUUUGGAUCAGCUUCAGUUCUUCUGUGGACGUUGUUGAUGUUGAACCGUGCACAACAACAGAGGAAGUGAGGUCAUUUGACACAGCACGAGGACAAAAAACAACUUUCAGGUGUUAGACUGAACACGAAACCUCUGACAUGGUGAGCUGGCUCACUGUUAUGAUUGUACACAUUGAAACCUAUUAAGCUCAUUUGAAAUAAGUGGUUUUCUAGCUCAGUAAUUUAUUGUUUUAUCUUCUUAGAAAGACAUCCAGGUCAUUUCACUGCUCUUGUGCUCAAUCUUCUCAAGAACUGGAAUAUUUGCUGCAUUUCCGCUGAGCUCCUUGAACAGUGAAAAUACCCUUUUGUUUUUUAAUCCUACAGAAGAGGAUCUGGAAUGGAUUUAGACUUGUCAGAUUUUAAUAGCUUUGUGUUUGUACAGUAUUGUAGAACCAGUGGGUAAGAAGAGUUAAAGCCAGUUUUCCCAUCUGAGGGUAGAAAAAACAUUUCUUCAGCUUUAGUGCUUAGAAAUAGUGAAAGGUUGACAUCUUGUGGUUGCUUUAGGUUAGGCAUGACUCUAUUUAGAUCUAGCACAGAGGAGUAGAAGUGUUUUAGAAAGACUUUUGAACAUUUAGAAAUAAUCCAAAUGACAACAGAUUCAAUUGGAAAUAUUUUAAGUUUUGCAAUUUAAUGCCAUUAUUUUGAAUUUUGUGAACAUACUGUGGCUAUUAAUGACAUUUGACUGUAUUUCAAACUAAAUAUGGUUUAAAUAGGCUAAUUGUGUAUAAAAGUAGCCACAGUUGAACCAAUGGACCAAUGUGCAGGAAGUUUUCUUCAGCUUCUUUGGGGGUUGGGGUCUUUAAAUUAGAUGAAGUUACAGUAUAGUACUAUGUCAUUGUUGUGCACUUCAGGUCAGAUUGUGGAGAUAAAACAAAGUGUUUGAGUCUUGACUUGAGAUUUGUUGUCUACAUUGAAACCUAUAGCACCUUUUGUUAUAAGAAAUUGAUGAAACCCUGGAGCUGGAAAAAAAAAUACAACUUUUAUCUUC